AUGGCCCAUGCCCGGAUCUCUACGUACCUUCCCCCCGACAUAGAUCCCACCCAGGCUGCCAUUGCCUAUGGCUGUCGGGCUCUGCCCAAGCUAAACGAGGAGCUGCAGUCGGAAGACCUGCUGACGAGGCAGAAAGCCCUCAUGGCUCUGUGUGACCUCAUGCAUGACCCCGAGCAUGUCUACGUGGCCAUCAACAUAGGCUGCCUGGAGAGCCUGAAAGCUUUGCUGAAGGAUACCAACAGCAUGGUGCGGAUCAAGACCACAGAGGUGCUGCACAUCAUGGCGACCCAUAACGUGGGCAGAGAAGGCUUUUUGGAGCAUGACAUCAUCUUUUCCCUGUCCUUCCUGCUGGAUGAUCCCGAGAAAGCCUGCCGGAAGAAUCUGCACGUGGUAUUCAAGCACCUGGCCCAGGUGCCUUCAGGGGCCCAGGGCAUUGUCAAUAACGGCCUGAUCCCUUUGCUGGUGUGGAAGCUGCAGAGGGAGGAGGAAGAGAUCCAGGAACUCCUCCUGGACACACUGGCGGCCUGCCUGAUGGAGGACGCCACUGAGGCUCUGAGCAGCCGCGUGGUGCCCUUCCUGAAGGAGAAGCUCCUCAGUGCCAAUGACAACAUCCGCAGCAAAGCCGCCUGCACUCUCAUUGCCGUCAGCAUCCCUCUAGAGGGCAAGAAACAGGUAUGGCAGUAUGAUGUCAUCCCCAUCCUGGUGCACCUGCUGAAAGACCAGGUGGAGGAGGUGCAAGCCAAUGCCGCUGGGGCCCUCAUGUAUGCCACGGUGACCACUGCAGGGAAGUAUGCGGCCCUGGAUGCAGAAGCUAUCCACCCACUCCUGAAUCUGCUGAGCUCCCCCUUGAGAAAGGCCCGCCUGAAUGCUAUCAAAGCACUCACCAUGCUGGCUGAGGCUCCCGAGGGUCGCAAGUUCCUGCAGGUCCACGUGCCCGACUUUCGUGUCCUCGAGAUGGAUUCCAGUGAAGCCGUACGACGGGCAGCCCAGAUUGCCAUCAAUGUCAUAGAGUGGAAACCCUGA